AUGAAAAGCUAUGAAGAGACGCUUAUGAUGGAAUCGUGUUCUAAUUCGCAGGCGACGGAAGCGACAGAGGUGGUUGUGCUCGAAGAGGACGAGAUUGCUGCGCGCACCACCGAUGAUCUAGCGUCAUAUGCAACUGGAUAUCCAAAGGUGGCAAAUUUUCUGUUUUGGCACUUGAAAGUUGAAGCGGAAGCAACUCGUAAAACCGAUGAGGCUUUAUCAUCGGUAUACGAACGGUUACUCAGUCGUCUUAUGCAGACUUUGCAACGUGGUACACCGGAGAUGAAAAGGCAGGCGGAGAGUCUGAGGAUGCAGAGGCAAUUCGUCGAAGAUCUCAAAAUUCUGAUGCAAAGAGGCGACAAAUAA